GCGGAAGCAGCCAGAUCGCGUGUCAGUCGAGUUGUUCCACACUUCCACUUCCAUCCAUGGCGCUCCUCCGCUCUCUGGCUUGCUCCCUCUUCCUCCUCUGCUCAUCCCUCACCUUCGGCGCGGCAAAUGGGAUGUACGGGCGAGUCGGCGUGGAGGACGAGGCGGAGGAGGAGAGCAGGACGGCUACCGAUGGCGCUCGCGGCGCCGCCAGUGGGUGGCCCGGGUACCUCUACACCAGGGCGGUCGGGAGAUGCACGCCUCAAUUCUGGAGCAGUGGAGCUGAACAAUGGCCCAACAUCAUCCCCCAGGAAGCAGCGGUGUCGAAGGUGUUCGGCUCCAGGUCCAUCGACAGGUACGGUCCACGGCUCACCGUGUUGGAGGCUACCAUGAGGACCGACGACAGUGGCAGCAACAGCGCCUUCGCCAAGCUCGUCAAGCAAGGCAGCGCGGCUCUGCUCAACGCCUACGCACGCAGGGGCUUCCCUCUGGACUCAUGGGAGGUGAAGGCGCUGCUGCUGGAGGCGCUCGUCUCCGAGGACGCCGCCGCCGCGCAGGCCGACCGGUUCGAGCAGGCCAACGAGUCCUGCGUCUGAAAGAAAGGGCGACGACGAAACACGCUUCGAAUCUAGUAGUAGUGUGUUUGUACUAGUAGUAGGUCACCACUUCUGUGACUCUCUCCAGCGACCGUGAAGAAAAUGUAUGCACCGGUCUUAGGUGCGUGUGGCUUGUACUAUCCGUGUCACUGUGUUCGACUGUUCCAUUGGUAUUCUGCCGUGUAGGGAGGCAUCGCGUUCGUGUUCA